AUGGAGAAAGGCGAAGCGACCACCAUUGAAGUUGCGGAGUCGAGGCGAGAGCAGAAGGGGAAAGCGCCCCUUCUCGGCGGAGCGUAUUCCCGCGCUGCUGCCGCCGCCACCGGACGCAAACGAGGAGUUGCUGUGUUCGACCUUAUCGUCCGUAUCUGCGCUGCAGCUGCUGCUUUGGGGGCGACGAUCGCCAUGGGAACUGCCGACGAAACUCUCCCAUUUUUCACGCCGUUCUUCCAGUUUGAAGCGAGCUACGACGACAUGUCGGCCUUUUCAUUCUUUGUUAUAGCCUUCGCUAUUGUUACUGGCUACCUUGCGCUCUCUGUACCGUUCUCCAUCUUCUGCAUUGCGAAACCUGCUGCUGCUGGACCGAGGCUCUUCCUCGUUUUCGGCGACAUUCUGAUACUGACGGGAGCUACCUCCGCCGCAGCGGCGGCGACGGCGAUAGUAUACCUCGCACACAAUGGUAACUCCGCCACGAAUUGGCUGGCCAUAUGCCAACAGUACACCGAUUUCUGCCAGACUGUCAGCGGCGCUGUGAUCGGAUCCUUCAUCGCGGUGGCGCUCCUCAUUUGCCUCGUCCUCAUUUCCGCCUUCGCUUUGAAGAAACAUUAGCAGUUUUUUUUUUUUUUAUUAUAUAUAUAUUGGUUCGUGUUUGGGUGAUUCUGGUCUUCAUUUGUUUUACAGUUCAAGUUGUCGAUUCUGCUUCUGUGUUUUUCAUCAUCAUUCUUAUGUCCGUAGAAAACUUCUGUUAAGAUCGUCGGAUUUGGUUCAGAUCUGUACCGAAACUUUGCAAUUCAAUGGCGAAUACAAUUUGUUUCUCCUCUC